UGAAAAUAAAAUCACACAAAUAAAGAUAAGACGAUGUAGGUUCGAGUCCUUUCCUGUAUGUCUUCACUGCUGAGCUAUCCAAUAAAGUUCCAGGUUCUUCCUGCUCCAGCACCGAGCAGAGGGAGGAAAGAUGGCGGCGACCGAGGCUGACAGAGAUCCGUCCGCUCUAUGCUCGGAGUUCCUGGAUUUCUCCGCCAAAGACACCGCGUCGCGGUGGCUAGCAGCUGCUGACCUGCAGCAGGAAGUGUGCCGUCACCUGGCCAUAUACGUACCCAGAAUUUUUUGCUUGGGGCUGAGCGGCAGUGAAAGGGAGGAGCAGAGGGAGGAGCUUGCCUGUCAGCUCCUCCUCCUUGCACCACUGGAGUGGCUCCUUCUGGGGGAGGAGCCAGCAGCUGGCCUGGCGUUGCUGCAGGAGAACAACCAACCGUCAGCGCUUUGUGGGCACGUGUUCAAGGUGGGAGAGCCCACCUACUCCUGCAGGGAAUGUGCGGCCGACCCGACAUGUGUCCUCUGCAUGAAGUGUUUCUUGGGCAGCGUUCACAAAGAGCAUCGAUACAGGAUGACAACGUCCGGAGGAGGUGGUUUCUGUGACUGUGGAGACUCUGAAGCCUGGAAGACUGGCCCUUACUGCCAGAAACACACACCGGGAGAUGGCAACCAGGACACCGACAAGGACCCCGUAGCUCAUCUACCCACUGACAUGGUCGGCCGUGCGUUCAGUGUCUUUUUCAUCAUCCUGAAGUAUGCCGUCGACCUGCUAACCUGGGAGCACGAGGACCUGCUGCCUGCAGGACUGCAGCCACCGGAGAGAGAGGACACCUACUACUGCAUGCUGUUCAAUGAUGAAGUGCACACGUACGAGCAGGUGAUCUACACGCUGCAGAAAGCUGUCAGCUGCAGCCAGAAGGAGGCCGUGAGCUUUGCCACUACCGUGGACCGAGACGGCAGGAAGUCAGUUCGGUAUGGAGACUUCCAGUUCUGUGAACAGGCCAAGUCCGUGAUCGUGAGAAACACCAGCCGUCAGUCAAAGCCUCUCCGGGUUCAGGUGAUGCACUCGUCUGUCGUUGCUCAUCAGUGUUUUGCUCUGAAGGCUCUGAGCUGGCUGGGUCAGAUCAUUCAGUACUCUGACGGCCUGAGGAGGAUCCUGUGUCAGGUGGGACUGCAGAAAGGUCCAGAGGGAGAGAACUCCUCGCUUGUCGACCGACUGAUGCUCAACGACUCCAAGAUGUGGAAAGGAGCGAGGAACAUCUAUCACCAGCUACUUAUGAACAGCCUCCUCAUGGACCUCAAGUACAAGAAGAUCUUUGCCAUCCAAUUUGCCAAGAACUACAGACGCCUGCAGACAGAUUUUAUGGAGGAUGACCACGAGCGAGUGGUGUCAGUGACGUCGCUGUCUGUCCAGCUCUUCACCGUCCCGACCAUGAAUUACGAACGCUUGCAGAGCGACUAUGUGAAAGACGACCACGGCCGUGAGUUCUCCAUCACUGACCUGUCAGUGCAAAUGUUCACCGUACCGUCACUGGUUUGUGUGGGUGUGUGGGUUGCAAAUGUUCUGCAGGCCCGGAUGCUGAUGGUGGAGGAGAACCUGAUGACCACCAUCAUCAGGACCUUUGUGGAUCACCUCCGCCACAGAGACCCGCAGGGGCGCUUCCAGUUCGACCGCUACACCGCCCAGCAGGCAUUCAAGUUCGGGAGAGUCCAGAGCCUCAUUGGUGACCUCAAGUAUGUCCUGAUCAGCCCUCCGUCCAAGUGGAGCGAUCAGCUCAGACUCAAGUUUCUAGAAGGUUUCUAUGCUUUUCUGGAGCUGCUCAAGUGCAUGCAGGGCAUGGACCCAGUGGUGAGACAGGUGGGACAGCACAUUGAGAUGGAGCCUGAGUGGGAGGCGGCGUUCACGCUGCAGAUGAAGCUGACCAACAUCAUCACCAUGAUCCAGGAGUGGUGCUCCACUGAUGAGCGUGUGCUGAUUGAGGCCUACAAGAAGUGUCUGAGCGCUCUCAGUCACUGUCAUAGCAGCCUUCCAGACGGUGAGCAGCCAAUCAGUUUGAGCCUGGCAGGCCACAGUGUGGAGACGUUCAGGUAUCAGGUGUCUCAGGAAAAAGUCUCUAUACACCUGCCGGUCUGCAGGCUGCUGGCAGGUCUGCACGUCCUCCUCAGCAGAACAGAGGUGGCGUCUCGUUUCCCUGAGCAGCUCCCAUUGGGUGAACUCAGCCCCCCCCUUCUGAUCGAACUCCCCCUCCGUUGCCUGGUGCUCUGUGCCCAGGUGCAUGCUGGAAUGUGGAGGAGGAACGGCUUCUCACUGAUUAACCAGAUUUAUUAUUACCACAAUGUAAAGUGUCGAGUCGAGAUGUUCGACAAAGACAUCAUCAUGCUACAGGCAGGGGCGUCCAUGAUGGAUCCAAACCACUUCCUGAUGAUCGUUCUGAGUCGAUUUGAACUGUUUCACGUUUUCAGCACCGCAGACAUCAGGAAAAGAUACAGAGAGGCCAACAAGGACCUGGUCCAGCAGAACACUCUGAUCGAAGAGAUGCUUCACCUCAUCAUUAUGGUGGUCGGUGAGCGGUACGUGGCGGGCGUCGGCCAGGUGGAGCCUUACGAUGAGGUCAGAAGAGAAAUCAUCCACCUGCUGUCCAUCAGACCGAUGGCUCACAGCGAGCUGGCCAAGGCUCUACCUGAGAAUGGGAACAAGGAGACUGGGCUGGAGAGAGUCAUCGACAGCGUGGCUUCAUUCAAGAAACCAGGUGUGACAGGUAGAGGGCUGUAUGAGCUCCGCCCUGAGUGGAACAGAUACUUCAACCUGUACUUCCAUCACUACAGCAGAGCUGACCAGUCAAAGGCUGAGGAAGCUCAGAGAAAGCUGAGGAGACAGAGCGGCGAGGACACAGCCCUCCCCCCUCCCCCUCCUCCCCCCCUCUGCCCUCUCUUCGGCAGCCUGGUGAACCUCCUGCAGUGUGACGUGCUGCUCGCCAUAGAGGGCGCCGUGCUGCAGUGGGCCGUGGAGCCCAGCGGGGGGGGCUGGACUGAGUCCAUGCUGCAGAGGGUGCUCCACCUGGUGGGCAUGGCUCUGCUGGAAGAGCAGCAGCAGCUGGAGAACAGCAGCGGAUAUGAAGAUGUCACUUUCAACUACACCUGCAAGAUCACACGUCCAGGUGAGGCACCCAGUACUUCAGGAAGUGUCCUGGCUCUGCUGGAAAGUCUGCAGAACGCUCCUCACCUGGAAGUCCACAAAGACAUGAUACCCUGGAUCCUCAAGAUGGUGUCAAACAUCAAAAUGAUGAGAGAGCGAACAUCGUCAGCCUCCUCUUUUACCGUCAGCCCAGAAAGAGGCUCGGAGGAGACGAUGAAGGACAAAGAUAAGGCAGAGAGGAAGAGGAAGGCGGAGAUGGCGAGGCUCCGUAGGGAAAAGAUCAUGGCUCAGAUGUCAGAGAUGCAGAAACACUUCAUCAACGAGAACAAAGAGCUGUUCCAGCAGAGCAUGGAGGAGCUGGAGGCGUCCACGUCAGCCACCCGCCACAGUCCUCCCAGUGCAGAGCUCACCUGUGUGUCCCAGGUGGCCGUUGGUCCCAGGAGGGUGGGAGGGACUGAGCGCCGACAGCUGGUCACCUGUAUCCUGUGUCAGGAAGAGCAAGAGAUCAGAGGUCACAGCAGAGCAAUGGUGCUUGCAGCAUUUGUCCAAAGGUCCACUGUUCUGUCCAAAAACCGCCACUGCAACCUGCCCAACCCAGAGCACCGUGAUCCCCUGUUCAUGCACCCUGACCUCUGUCUAGGGAUUCACACCGCCAGCUGUGGACACAUCAUGCACGCCACCUGCUGGCAGAGGUACUUUGAGGCGGUACAGCUGAAGGAGCAACGGCGUCAGCAGCGUCUGAGAGGCCACACGAGCUACGACGUGGAGAACGGCGAGUUCCUAUGUCCGCUCUGCGAGUGUCUGAGCAACACUGUGAUCCCCAUGCUACCGCACGCAGCCUCACCUGACCACAGUGUUGAAAAUCCUAGUUUGGAGGUGUGGCUUAAGACAACCAAUCAGCAGAUAGCAGCUCUGCACUCUGCACACAGGACGCAGUCUGAUGGUGCAGCAGAAGAGGCGGAGCCUGUCGUUCCUCAAGGGUUCAAAGUUGACUUCACGCCACAGAACCCGUUCUCCAGCAGCAUCAGUGAGAUGAUUACCACCUUCAGCCUGUCUACCUAUAAGGUGGGACUCAAGGUGAACCCCAACGAGCAGGACCCCCGAGUCCCGGUGCUGAGCUGGUCCUCCUGCGCCUACACCAUUCAAAGCAUAGAGCGCCUGCUAAUGGAUGAGGAGAAGCCACUUUUUGGAAGUUUACCUUGCCGACAGGACGACUGUUUGAGUUCUCUCACCAGGUUCAGUUCAGCGUGUUGGACUGCAGCUCCUCUGAAAACUGUUCACACCCACUUCAUCAGACUGUUGUCAGCUCUGGUUCCAGACACUCAGGUAGAAAAUACUCAGAGUAUCCUCGAGAUCGACAUGUUUCACCUGCUGGUUUACUCUGUGCUGGCAUACUCCUCCAUUCACUGUUUGGACCAAUCAGGAUGCAGUGUGGUGGACUCGGGCCACCUCCACCUCCUUCACUUGGUCACUGUUGCUCACCUGGUUCAGAUCCUGCUGACCUCCACCACAGAGGAGGUAUGUAUGGAUCAGGACAACAGUGGAUCAGAGGAGGAGGAGCUCACCUGUCAGCUGUACAGCACACUGAGGAAUCACCUGGGCAGUGUGUUACCUGAGGUGUCCUCUGGGUGGCAGCUGUAUCGUUGUCUUAAAGCCGGUGUCUUGCCGUUCCUCCGAGCCGCCGCCCUCUUCUUCCACUACCUGAACUCCACAGCACCCCCCGUUGAGCUGCUGAUUGCAGGUCCUGGUCAGUGGGAGGCACUGUGCAGCUACCUCAGUCUGCCCUCCAACCUGCUGCUGCUUCACCACAACCAGCAAACACUGCUGAAGCCGCUCAUACACAGUUGGUGUUGUCAUCCAGGUGUGAGACAGACGCUGCAGGGGGGCGGAGCCAUCAUCAGGUUCCCCAGAGAGUCGAAUCGACUCAUCGAGUUGCCAGAAGAUUACAGCGUGCUGAUCAACCAGGCAUCCAGCUUCACGUGUCCGCGCUCGGGCGGGGAUAAGUCUCGUGCUCCCACGCUGUGCCUGGUGUGUGGCUGCAUGCUGUGCUCUCAGAGUUACUGCUGUCAGACGGAGGUGGACGGCGAGGACGUGGGCGCCUGCACCGCACACACCUUCACCUGCGGAGCUGGCCUCGGCCUAUUCCUCAGGGUCAGAGAAAGUCAGGUGUUGUUUGUAGCAGGUAAAACAAAGGGCUGCUUCUACCCGCCCCCAUACCUGGAUGACUACGGAGAAACUGACCAGGGCCUCAAGCGUGGGAAUCCUCUCCACCUGUGUGCCGAGCGUUACAGGAAGAUCGAGCGUCUGUGGCGCCAGCACGGCAUUGCUGAGGUCAUAGGUCACGCCCAGGAGGCCAAUCAGGCGCUGGUUGCUAUUGACUGGCAGCACCUGUGAUGUUUGACUCUGCGCUGCCCCUGCCCUUAGAGAGACACUGAUUGGCUCUCAAUUGUGUCCCGCCCCUUUCUAUAUAAAACCACAUCCUUGAACCAAUAAGCUGCCUGCUUGAUGCUGAGUUGCUUUCAGGGAUUUUUCACCUUUGACCCUCCACAUGUCUCCCCACCAAUCAGUGUGGGACAGGAACAGGAAGCUCGAAUUCAGUCCAGUGACGUCCUGCCUCCUGACUUCAAACACAUCACUAUCCUCAUUUCUGAUUGGCUAAGAGCAUAAAGCAGCCGUCUCCAUGGUAGCAGAUUGAUGGAUGGACGGCAUAUCGAUCAGUAUAGUGUCUGGUAGGGGUGGAGCUUCAGCUUAGGACUAAUCAGUGAAGACAUAUCAGAGCACAUAUCAGCAAUCGAUCGCUUUUUACUUUAGUUUAACAUUUUGCUUAGAGCUGAUUGGUGGCGUGCUGUGUGAUGUCACUUCCUGUGUUUUACUUUUGAAUGCUGAGAAAUUUUAUUUAAAACAUGGCCCGGUCAGGUCUUCAGCGUUUGUUUUUUGGGGUAUUUUUUAAUGGCCGUCAGCUGAGCGCCUCAUUGAUCACAUGACCUGUUAAUAUGUGAAUUCCUGUAUAAACAAGGACGUGUAUGAUAAAAACAAUAAAAACUUUAAAGUGACAUCA